UUUUUGGCCUGAUGGAGGUUAAUUGGCGGGAUUUGCUCAUUGGCUCGCGCUGAUUGCAGCAGGUGCAUUUGUCUGCAUUGAUUGGCUGCAGCGUUGACGCUUCAGGGUACAUUUCAUGCUGUAACUCCUUCACAAGCUGUUGUUUCUCAGUUCGUCCUGUGUCUAUCGCAUCCCUCCAGCUUCAGGUUUUAGCCCGCAGAAGAAUGAGUCUUGAGGGCGUCAGCGAAGUUGUGGAGGUGGAGCGGGAUCAGGUCCGGGUCCAGACUAACAAUACUGAGGACAGAGUUGUGAGGAGAGACGGGGUGCUUCCCUCCCUGCUGCGCGGCCUCUUCUGGCCCUUUGGCAUCGUUACAAAGGAAAACGUCCUCGUUAACCCCACGGUUUCCAGCCCUGGGCGCCAGAGCCUCACAGGCCGCAAGCGCCUGAGCCGGGUCACCCGCCUGCUGCUGUCCGUCCUGCCCCGCUGGAUGCAGAGUGCCCUCGGCUAUCCGGUGUCCAGCAGAAUCGGACUGUCCCUGUCCCCAGAAAUCAGAGUGUCUCCUGCAAAGCCCUGUGGCAAGGGCAGUAAGAGAAAACAGGAUGACGUAGAUGACGAGGAGGAUGACGAUGUGGAGGAGCAGCAGACUUGGGUGGAGGCGCUCUCUCAGGAGCUUGCUGACGAUGAUGGACCUGAGGUUGACCCUGACUAUGAGCCCAGCUCUGUAGAGACGGAGAGUGAAGAAUACCGCUCGCACAAUGACACAGAAAGUGACCUUGAGGUUUCGGAGAAGGGUGUCGUCAUUGACGACGUGAACACGGGAGUUGAUGUGCCCACUCCUGAAGUCUCCUGCCCUGCUGUUUAGCGUGUCAUAUUGAGUGUCUUUGUUGCAGGUUCCUGUAUGUUUAUAUUUCAUAAUUCAAUAAAACUUUAUCCCUUUG